UUUAGGCUUUUGAAGAGUUUUGGAGUGAGAAGUCUAAUCAAGGUAGCAAAUUCAAUUCAAGCAACACAGUCUCCACUUCUCACUCUCCCGUAGCCUAAAAUUGGAGGGAACAAGCGAAAAGACAAACCGAAGCGCAUGGCGGUUCCGGCCAAUCCAUCCACUGCAGAAGAAGAAGAAGAGCACGAAGGUCCCACACAUCAUCCCACUGCACCGUCACACGAGUUUUUUGAUUUAUCAACAACUGUUGAUCCCAGUUAUGUAAUCUCCUUGAUAAGGAAGCUUUUGCCUUUGGAUUCUGCUUCUGUUCAUGGAGUUGUUUCGGAUGUCCCUAACCAAGGGGAUGCUCCAUGUGCAUCAAUUUGUAAUAAUGAACAGUUUGAAUCUUCCAAGAGUAAAUCUGAAAAUAUGGAUGUUGAUGUUUCCGGUGAAUCUUCUCGCGCGGGAGGAGAAUAUAAGGAUAAUGGCGAUGGAUUUGAACAUUCUGGUGCGUUGGUUGGAGAGGAUGCGUGGGAAGAAAGUGGUUGUAUUUUGUGGGACUUAGCUGCCAGUAAAACACAUGCUGAACUCAUGGUGGAGAAUCUCAUACUUGAAGUUCUUUUAGCAAAUCUCGUUGAUUGCAAAUCCAUGCGUGUUAAUGAGAUUAGCAUAGGAAUUAUUGGGAACCUUGCCUGCCACGAAGUUCUAAUGAAACGUAUAGUCUCGACUAAAGGACUGAUUGCGAUAGUUGUGGAUAAAUUAUUUCUGGAUGAUCCUCAAUGUUUAUGUGAAACAUCUAGAUUAUUGACUGUGGGCCUUCAAAGUGGUGAAUCUAUUACUUGGGCUGAGGCAUUGCGGUCCGAACAUGUAUUAUGUCAAAUAUUAUGGAUUGCAGAAAAUACUUUGAACCUUCAGCUUUUAGAAAAGAUUGCAGGGCUUAUAUUAGCAAUAUUAGAAAGCCAGCAAAAAGUUGUGGAAGAUCUUCUUCCACCUAUGAUGAAGCUUGGUUUGGCAAAUAUAUUAAUCAAUCUCUUGACUUUUGAGAUAAGCAAACUAACGAGUGAGAGAAUACCUGAAAGGUAUUCAAUUCUUGAUUUAAUUCUUCGUGCAAUUGAAGGCCUUUCUGUGAUAGAUGAUCAUUCUCAGGAAAUAUGUUCAAAUAAAGAGCUUUUUCAUCUAGUAUGUGACUUGGUCAAGUUCACAGAUAAAGUAGAGGUUGGGAACUGUUGUGUUACUGCUGCAGUCCUUAUUGCAAAUAUUUUGUCUGAUGUUGUUGAUCGUGCUUCCGAAAUAUCACAAGAUUGGAGCCUCUUAGGUGGCCUGCUUGAUAUAUUUCCUUUUGCUUCGGAUGAUUUGGAGGCAAGAAAUGCAAUCUGGAGCGUACUUGCUAGAAUAUUGGUCAGAAUACCCGAAACUGAAAUGAACUCAUCAAGUUUAUGUCAUUUUGUUUCGGUUCUUGUUAGAAGACUUGAUCUGAUUGAAGAUGAGCUUCUGAACCAACAAUGUGUUGACUACAGUCCUGGCUCAACAGCAGAUACUAGAAACACAUCUCUCGUGAGAAUAAUUAGCAUUGUGAAUCAGUGGACUGCUGUAAGGGAGGGAGCUGAGAGUAAUGGAAAUGAUGAAGUUCUUCUAAGCGAGACAGAUGUAAAAAAGUUGUUGGAUAUUUGUCACAAAUUCUCCAAGUAGAAUUACUUUAUUAUGUUGUAAAUUACCGUUGUCCAAACAAUCUUUGUAGGUUUGACAAGUUUUGUUUAACUAAUUCUUGAAACCUCAGUUAGCUAAGCGUUGAGUGUUAAGAAAUCCCAAUAUAAAAAAAUUAUGAAGUUUAGUGGCUUGGUUGAUCAUGUUUUGUUUGGUUUUAAGAGUAAAACAGGAAGUAUAUUUUCUUUGGCUCGAUCUCUUCAAGCGUGAGAAAAGAUGUGUUCAAAAUAUACAGCAAAGAAAUGAUGAGAUUUGUUCAAGCAGAUUUUUCAAAGUCUAUUUGCAUCCUCCAUAUCAAAAGGCUUAGUGACAAGGUCUUGGAGAGGAUGGUAGAUAUCAAGGACAGCCAAUGUAAGGUUACUAAGUGAUAUUUGCAAGUUCUGAGAUGUGAUGUUUAGUUUGUUGUUGAAGUUAACAGCAUCAGUGUUUAGCCUUUCC